GAAGCGGUUACCUUGGCAAUGCCUGCGCGUCACCGCAGCUGAUGUGAUUGCAUCCUGCGCGCUCCCGCAGUCUCCCACACGAGCAAGCCCAGAGAGAACGACUGAUGUCAUGCACAGGGCCAGACACGGCAGCUAAGGGAAAUCCUCGUCUCGACCACCAACCCAUUGGGACGUUCUCCUUUCCGCAUCUGUAAUCUCUCUGUCUGGUUGGUUCCUCCACCCCUCUGUGACCUGGGGAUGAAUGCACCAAUGAGGAGCCUCACAGGUAUGCCUGAUCGCAUGUUAUGUGCAGUGCUGGAGCAAUUUCAGCUUUACUUUUCCCUUUGAUCCACUCUCUGUAUAGCACAGCUAGUCCCAGCAUGCUGAAGAGGAAACAGAGUUCCCGGGUCGAGGCCCAGCCCAUGACCGACUUUGGGCCAGAUGAGACCCUUGCGGACAGUGCUGACAUCUUCUGGAUCAACAAACCAUGGGUCCAUUCCUUGCUUCGAGCUUGUGCCAUCAUCAGUGUCAUCUCUGUCUGUAUGAACACUCCUAAGACCUUUGAGCAUUACCCUCCGCUGCAGUAUGUGACAUUUACCCUGGACACGCUGCUCAUGUUCCUCUACACUGCCGAGAUGAUAGCCAAGAUGCAUAUAAGAGGAAUCAUCAAGGGUGACAACUCCUAUGUGAAAGAUCGCUGGUGUAUGUUUGAUGGCUUCAUGGUGUUUUUCAUCUGGGUCUCCUUGGUGCUUCAAGUUUUUGAAAUAGCAAAGCUUGUGGAUCAGAUGUCUCCAUGGGGAAUGUUGAGAAUACCCCGCGCGCUAAUAAUGAUCCGUGCCUUUAGGAUCUACUUCCGCUUUGAGCUCCCCCGUUCCCGGAUCACCAACAUUCUGAAGCGCUCGGGGGAACAGAUCUGGAGUGUCUCGAUCUUCCUCCUGUUUUUUCUCCUGCUCUAUGGAAUUUUGGGUGUUCAGAUGUUUGGAACCUUUAAUCGUCACUGUGUUACCAAUGAUACAAAAAAAGACAAAGUGACGUGGAACAGCUUUGCCAUCCCCGAUACUCACUGCUCCCCUGAUGGAGAGGGCUACCAGUGCCCUCUUGGUUUCAAAUGUGUGGAUCUAGAAGAUUAUGGCCUCACCAGACAGGAGCUUGGUUACAGUGGAUUCAAUGAACUAGGUACAAGUAUCUUCACUGUGUAUCAGGCUGCAUCACAGGAGGGAUGGGUGUUUCUCAUGUACAGAGCCAUCGACAGUUUCCCGCGCUGGCGCUCCUACUUCUACUUUAUAACUCUCAUUUUCUUCUUGGCUUGGCUUGUCAAGAAUGUGUUUAUUGCUGUCAUCAUUGAGACGUUUGCAGAGAUCAGAGUGCAAUUUCAGCAGAUGUGGGGGUCGAGGAGCAGCACCACGUCAACCGCUACCACACAGAUGUUCCAUGAAGACGCUGCCGGAGGAUGGCAGCUUGUUGCUGUGGAUGUCAACAAACCACACGGUAGAGCGCCUGCUUGCCUUCAGCAAUUGAUGAGGUCCUCCGUCUUCCAUAUGUUCAUCCUCACUAUGGUCGCUGUGGAUGUCAUUGUGGCCGCCAGCAACUAUUACAAAGGCGAGAAUUACCAACGGCACUAUGACGAGUUCUACCUGGCAGAGGUUGCUUUUACCGUGCUGUUCGACCUCGAAGCUCUGCUGAAAAUUUGGUGUCUCGGCUUCACCGGCUACAUCAGCUCCUCCUUGCAUAAGUUCGAAUCUCUCCUGGUGGUGGGCACCACGUUGCACAUCUACCCUGAUCUGUAUCACUCCCAGUUCACCUACUUUCAGGUGCUCCGUGUGGUGCGCCUGAUAAAAAUUUCUCCUGCUCUGGAGGACUUUGUGUACAAGAUAUUUGGUCCAGGUAAAAAACUGGGCAGCCUGGUGGUCUUCACGGCCAGCCUCCUCAUCGUCAUGUCAGCCAUCAGUUUGCAAAUGUUCUGUUUCGUGGAGGAGCUGGACCGCUUUACAACUUUUCCCAGGGCGUUCAUGUCCAUGUUCCAGAUCCUAACCCAAGAGGGCUGGAUAGAUGUCAUGGACCAGACUCUGGUGGCUGUCGGAACAAUGUGGGCUCCAGUCGUAGCCAUUUACUUCAUCCUCUACCAUCUGUUUGCUACCCUGAUUCUGCUGAGUCUUUUUGUGGCUGUUAUCUUGGACAAUCUCGAGUUGGACGAAGACUUGAAGAAGCUCAAACAGUAAGUGGGAUCUCAUCCUCUGUGUGGUUAUCUGUAAUGUACGUGACGUGUGUGUUGUAGGUAAGUGUGUUGCUGCCAUCAUCAGGCAGAGAAAUAAAGCUGCACCUUUACAACUGAGAGAAAUUCUCUCYGCCAGACUUUUUUWAAAUUAUURUCUUUUUAUUAUUAUUAUUAUUCAUACGUACCGAGGAUAAUUUGAGGUUUUCAAAAAUCCCAAAUGUUCCUGCUGUCUUACACUUGAGCUGAUUCUGUCCCUUUUUCCCCUUGUAUCUUGUUUAAAUCCCUCUCUUCUCCUCGCAGUGGUUGCGUCAUCAAGGUUGAUUUCACCAUUUUACAGAAGCUUUUCAUGCU